AUGCGGGUGAGUUUGGAGUCUCUAGCCCGCCAAGUCCACCAAAUUCAAUUUGCCAACUCUAACGCUGCCUUCAGCGUCUUCGCUUUCAACUGCAAGGGGCCUCACCGACUAGACACCGAGUUCAUCAGCGUCGCGCCCACCUUGCGGUUGCGCAGCCCCGUUGCCUUCAAGCAGCAGCAGCAGCAGCAGCAGCAGCAGCAGCAGCAGCAGCAGCAACAACAGCAGCAGCGACAGCAACAGUAG